UACGAGUGAGAGAAGAAAAAGCGUCAUUCUUACGUUUUUUUCUAUCUUUUUUUCUAUAAGUUGCACAGAAGCUAGUAAGAAGGGGAAAAAAAGAUAAAAAAGAAGCCUUUUCAAAGCAAUCAACUUUUAAUCUUUCAACGACACUUUCAACUAACACUUAGUUGUUGUUGUUGUUGUUGUUGCUCUUUCUUCUCCUUCCUUGCUCUUCCCCUUAGAUCUCUUUCUUUUGACUUGAGUCUUCUUAUCCUUUUGGAUUUGAUUCGUUCCCUCUGUUUUGGUUGGUUUGAGCAGUCUCUUUUGAGAAUCCCUGUCUUUCUUCUGAUCUGGGUUUUCCUAACUUUACAUUGUCUUGGUAUUAGAAACUGGUGAGUUAGAUUAGAUCGAUUGACAAAACCCCCCUCAAGAUAAAAAAAUUAAUAAAAAAGAGAAACCCUUUACUGGUCUUUCUGGGGUUUAGUUUCAUUUUUGAGCAAUGGGUUCACAGGGUUCUUGUCUAGUUGCUUGAGGCUUUUGGUUUGGUGUAAUUGAAUAGAGUUAUGAGAAGAGGUAGAGGAAAAGGCAAGAGACAGAGCGCUACUGCUAGAGAAGAUCGAGGAAGCGGUGAAGAAGAAAAGAUUCCGGCUUACAGGAGAAGAGGGAGGCCACAGAAGCCGGUGAAAGAUGAAAUCGAGGGAGAAGAAGAAGAAGAGCUAGUGAAGAAGACAGAAGAAGAAGAAGAAGAGAAGGAUGAUGAUACAAAUGGUUCAGUAGUAACAAGUAAAGAAGAUGUAACAGGGAAUGGGAAGAAGAGAAAGAAACCAGUAGAGUCUAAAGAGAGCAACAUAACCGAAGAAGAGAAUGCAUUAGGAUCGAAAUCAAGCACAGAUGAUUCGAUGAAAUCACCCUUGUCUACUGGGUUUAGGCAGAAUGGGAGCAGAAGGAAGAGCAAACCAAGACGAGCUGCUGAAGCUGUUGUUGAAUGUAAUGGGGUUUGAAAAGAGGUUCUUAAAACACUUUUGAAACCGCCUUUUUGGUGUUUUUUUUUUUGUUGGUUCCUACUUAUGCUGUUAGAAACCCAAGUUUAAUGGGGGUGCAUUUUUGGUUUCAUUACAUGGAAUCAGAAAUUUCGAUUUUUCUGACA